AUGUCCGGAGUUGAAGCAAUAGGUGUCAUUGCCAGCGCAUCGCAAAUAUCAUCCUACAUUCUGAACAUCAUUUUACAAAUCAACACCAUCCGGACCGAGCUACGAGACGCACCAGAUCGCAUCAAACAGCAAGAUAAAGACUUGUCUAUUUUGCUUUCGACCAUAAAAACGAUCCAAAGCGUUGAGCUUCCACGUGAAGAAGAGUUUCAGGAUUACAUAUUAAGUGUACAAAAGAACGUUACAGACCUGCGUCGCACUCUUGAAAAGAACCACGAUCGUUUGGAAAAGACAUCCCUCGUACGAUUCUGGACAGCCAUUAAGGCAAUAAAAGCAGAGGAUCAGAUACUAAAAAAGUUUGGGAGCCUCGAGAUUGCCAAAAGUAAUCUGAGUCUCUACUUGCAAACAAAAAUGAGCUCUAAAAACCAUUCUGAGACCAAACGAAUCUCGUCCAGCGAGUAUACUUCACAGGAAAGCCCUUCCCAAGCGCUCAUCGAGAAAGCAGGCGAGAGCUUAGUCCCCCACAAUUCUCGAGAGACAAACCUGGUCCAAGGAACUCAAGACAGUCGCCAAAACGGAUCCGCGAGUAAAGCUUCUCCGGUGUCAAAUCCUACAGGGAGUGGCAUUUCCAACACCUUCAAUGGGUGUGGGAUAAAGGGCAAUCGCAACAGAUCUGAGCUGGGAAAUGUCCGUUCGAGCCAGUCUGUAUCCAACAGUUACACAGAUGCGCCGGUUGAAGGAGACGAUAACAGGCUGAUACAUGGCAACAUUGAUAACAAGGUGUCGUAG